AUGACGGUGGGUGCGCGGCUGGGCGCCAAGGCGAGGGGCAGGUACUCCCGCCGCGGGCCCGGCGACGACCAGGUCUCCAUCCUGCCCGGCGAGGAGGAGGAGGCGGAGGCGGCUGAGGGCAGCGCGGGGGCCCCGCGGCCGGCGGGGCUGGAGGAGGAGGGCGCUGCCGCCAGGAAGGUGCGCUUCGCCCUCCUGCCCGACGCCUACGAGCCGCUGCGCCCACCGCGGGCCGCCGGCAAGCGGCCCUACGGGAAGCGGCUGAAGAAGUACGGCAAGAACGUCGGCAAAGCUCUGCAGAAGGGAUGCCGCUACUUGGUGGUUGGCCUGCAAGGAUUAGCGACGGCGUAUUCCGCUCCCUUUGGGGUGGCAGCUCAGGUGGCAUCCUUCCUCCGCUAGCGCGGCUCUGCGUGCUCCACCGGGGAGGGCGCGAGGCCAUCGCUGCUUUCUUAGGAUUAAAUCUGAGACCCGCAUCUGAGAAACCUCUUGGAGAACCAGUCCCAGCCCCGACCCCCUUGGCCAGCCCCUUCCCCCGGACUGAGUGCGCUUCUCUGCAGAAACUUCCAGCGCUUUAUAAAAUCGGAUCAGGCUGAAGAAAUGCAAGGAUGAGGAAAUAAUCUUCGACUAAUUGAGCUGAAGUUUGUUCUCAGACAUGAGUUGGUUUUCUACAGCUUUGGGCUGUGUGUGGAAGGGAGCCAAGGACGGAUGGAAAAGCAAGUAGAUGAGGGAGAGAGAAGUGAAGGGAAGUAGAGGACGUGGGGGCAGCUGGGGCGGUGGAGAGCGGAGUCUGGCUGCUGAGAGGAGUUGUCAAAGCAGUGGAGGAAACAGAUAACGAGGGAUCAGGAAAAGGUAGUCUUUGGUUUUCUGAUGUCCUUUUUUUUCUUUUUUGUUUUUUUUUUCCUCCCCUGAGAGGGUUAAGAUUAUGAGUAUACUUAAAAAUAUAUUCAGAUAUAAAGGGACUGUGGUCUGAGACAUGGUGAGCUUUGCUGCAUCACUGUUGUUCAUCUCAAACACUGGAAAUCAAGGGCCUAUAGAUCUUAAGACUGAUGUAAAAAUCCAAAAAGAAAAUGAGGUGUGUUUGUCUUCUGAUUUUGGGGCAUUAAAGGUUCACUGUGAUUAGUAUUUUAAACUUUUCCUGUGCUGCUGUGAAACCUGCAUAUACUUCUCUUACUGAGAACGGAGUUUGUAUCUGACGUACCUGGUUCUGGAAGCUGGGGCUGUAAGAACACCCAGUUCUGUGGCGGUCACCGGAAAAGAAAAUGGAUUACCAGCUGCAUCUGAAAAAACCUACAUACAGCGUUUGGUAUAAGAAUGUACAACAUUUUGUGUAAGAAUGGGGCCAAAUAACCUGUCACCUCCAUCUUCAUGUCCGUAGGUGGAAGUCUUAGCCAGAGAAUGUCAACAUCAGAUGGCUCAGCUCCUUGGUGCGGAUGGAGCCGCUUCCGUGUCACACCUCCAGGGAUACAAAUCUUGUAUUGAUGACACAGGAAUAAGGAGCUUUAUGGGCCUUCAAAAUUCUGUGGGUUUUGGUUUUGUGGGUUUUUUUCUGUCAGUCUUUUGUGGUAGCAGUAAAUUAUUUCCCUGCUAGCACUUUCUCUGUAUUAUAGAUCUUUCUAGUUUUGAUAGUGUUUUUGUAAUCAAGGAGUUGACUUACCUGCAAAAAAGUGCUGUUCAUUUGCUUUCUUUGCCUUUUUUGAAUGAAGGGGUUUGCACAUCUUAGCAAACUAGACUGUAUUUCUUUUAAAUGUAGCAAAUGAAACAAAGGUGGA